UAAAACAGCUGGCAAUAGCAGACUCAGAGUAAAGGCAUAGUCUUCUUCCUUUAUUGCAGUAAAUCGACUAAAAGUCCCCUCAAUCAAUAAACGCAGGAGAAGCACGUUCUUCCCAGACGGCCACAUUAGCAGCAGGAGGAGCACGUAGAAGAGCAUAGGAAGAGGACACAGCCUUCAUCUUCAGCUCGCUGGGGUGUUUAAACUGUUCUGACAGCUUUCCCCACCUGCGGCUAUUUCACUAACAUUUCUUCUGGGCUUCAUGUGAGCAGGGGGAGUAUGUAGACAUGAAUAGGUAAUGUGCAUUUUGUCUACGUUGCUUGGAACGCUGCAGCAAGGCUCACACAACUUAUUUUCCAAUUGUAUUUUUUUGCGACAUACUUUUGCAGGUAGUUCAGAUGUCACACUUUCUAUAAACUUAGUUCCUAAAAGUUUUUCUUAAGCAUAAGAACUGCAUUGUGGCUGUAUUCCCUGGAAUGCUAGACUUUGACUGAGCAUAGUUAGUGUGACUGAUAGUCCCUCUCUUCUGUUGCUGAAGGUGCUUUAGGAAAAAAAAAACAAGUUUGGGCCAUCUGUCUCUAAUUCUCAUUCUUAAAGGCUGACGUCUAGAAGUGCAUCCAAAAAUGCAAGGAUUUAAGUGUAUAAUUGGUGCACCGUAACAUUCAGAUACUGCGGGUUGGCAGUGAGUCUCUUGAGAUGCCAUCAAGCUUAGCUAUUGACAAAAUCCAAAAAUAAAACCUGGAACAGAAAAGGAAUUUGGGAAAGAGAGAAUAUUUAUCUGUUAAAAAGCCUUAGCACAUGAGCUUGAGUAAACAGAGUUUGCGUCUUCAGGGGAAUUACUUUGGCCAUCUCAAAGAACUUGUUUCUCUUUCAAUAAGUAACCAAGCCCACAGACUCCCCUCCUCCUUCCCCUGCUUCUCCCUUUGCUUUAGCUGUCGAUUGGUCUCUCUCUUUUUCACAGUUGUUUUACUCAGCCGAGUUUUGCACUGAAUAGCUGCAUUUCUGCCUGCAUAAAUAUGAAAUGGGCUGGAUGGGAUUAGGGGGAAGUGGCAACUCCGCCUCUCCCAUCAGACACAGGACUAGAUUAGUGGUGGAGAUGGAACAAAACACACAGUACUGGCAGCAUGACAAUAACCAACUUUGCUGUGGCCCUAAUGCUAGGGAGCAUCUUUAUUUUGGGUUGCUUUGACAAGUCGUCCAGUACAUCUAUUUAUCAUCGUAUUCAUCAUCGCCAAUCCCUUCACCUGCCUCUACCCUCUUCCCAGAAUCCCCAGCCUCACCAUCCUUUGCCUGCUCAUGCCCAUCACACAGGUUGCCCAAAAUACACAGGCAAGAGUGGCUCUAUUGGAGACUUUGUGAAUGUCACUGAAUUUGGUGCGGAUUGUUUAAACUGGGUGGAAGUGCCCACUUUUUUGGAAAGGACUCCAGGUAAAGGACUUGGUGAUCACAACUUCUGCAGGAACCCAGAUGGGAGGAGCAAACCCUGGUGCUUCUUCAGGAACAACUAUGGGAGGAUAGACUGGGGCUACUGUGACUGCAAACAAGGGUCAGUGCGUCUCCAAGGAAGCAAAAGCCAGUCUGAUGGAAAUGUUGUAGAAGUAUAUGUAAAUGGUGCCUGGGGAACAAUCUGUAGCAGCCAAUGGGAUGAUAAUGACGCUUCAGUUAUAUGCCGCCAACUUGAGCUGGGAGAUAAAGGAACAGCUAAGAAGAUUGUUUUAUCUGGAUUGGGCCAAGUUUCUGCUUUCUGGACAGAUGUGCAAUGUCGUGGCAAUGAAGAAAAUAUACUUCAGUGUUCAAAAGUCAUCUGGCGCAAUGGUGCAUGUCCACAGGAUACAGCAGCAGCAGUCACGUGUAGCGUUAUACAAGCAAAAGACUCUGUUUUCAUCCCUGCACGUUUGGUUGGUGGGAGCUCUACGCAUGAGGGACGGAUAGAGGUCUAUCAUUCGGGCCAGUGGGGCACAGUGUGUGAUGAUCAGUGGGAUGAUGCCGAUGCUGAAGUUGUUUGCAGACAGUUGGGUUAUGGUGGUGUUGCAAAGGCUUGGAGUCAAGCUCACUUUGGAGAAGGAGUGGGCUUAAUCCUAUUGGAUGAGGUACAGUGCACAGGGAAUGAGCUUUCUAUAGAAGAAUGUCAGAGGAGCCCAUGGGGUGAACAUAACUGUGGCCACAAGGAAGAUGCAGGAGUAUCCUGUACCCCACUGGCAGAUGGUGCAAUUAGACUAGCAGGUGGGAAAGGUAACCAUGAAGGGCGUCUGGAAGUGUUCCACAAGGCACAGUGGGGAACCGUGUGUGAUGAUGGCUGGACAGAUCUGAACACACAGGUGGUGUGUCGACAACUUGGAUACAAGAAUGGAAAAAUUCUAUUUGAAAAUCACUACACAGGCAGUGCUGGUGCAAUCUGGUUGGACGAUGUAAGCUGCACAGGAAAGGAGUCCACGAUUAGCCAGUGCUCUAAGAAAGAUUGGGGGAAACAUGACUGCAGCCACCAUGAGGAUGUCCACAUAGCUUGCCACCCAGACAAUGAAACCCAAAGGCCCCUUAGUGGCCCUCCUCUGAGGUUAAUGGAUGGCGAGACAAAGAAAGAAGGGCGUGUAGAGAUUUAUCUCAAUGGCCAGUGGGGAACAAUCUGUGAUGAUGGAUGGACUGAUAAGGAUGCCUCUGUAGUAUGUCGGCAGCUUGGCUACAAAGGUCCAGCAAAAGCACGGACGAUGGCUUAUUUUGGAGAAGGAAAGGGGCCUAUUCACGUUGAUAACGUAAGGUGCACGGGACAUGAAAGGUCAUUGGCAGACUGUAUCAAGCAAGAUAUUGGCAAACACAACUGCCGCCAUAGUGAAGAUGCUGGUGUGAUAUGUGACUACAUUAUUAAAAAGUCAACAGUUGCUGCAAAUAAAGGACCAUCUCCACUUGUCUGUGGUUCAAGAUUACAACAUCGUCGGCCAAAACGUAUUAUUGGUGGAAAGAACUCCGUAAGGGGGGGCUGGCCAUGGCAGGUGGCUUUGCGGCUGAAGUCUUCUCAUGGUGAUGGAAGAUUGUUAUGUGGCGCAACUCUGAUCAGUAGCUGCUGGGUGCUUACAGCUGCUCACUGCUUUAAGAGGUAUGGUAAUAACACACGCAGCUAUGUGAUACGGGUUGGGGACUAUCAUACACUGGUACCGGAGGAAUAUGAAGAGGAUAUGACCAUCCAACAGAUAAUUAUACAUAAAGAUUACAGACCUGAUGCCAAUGACUAUGACAUUGCUCUGAUUAGAUUGCACGGGACAUCAGAGCAGUGUGUACAACUAAGCACCCAUGUAUUACCGGCUUGUUUACCUCUUAGGCGAGAGAGACCCCACAAAACUGCACCAAACUGCUAUAUUACUGGAUGGGGUGACACUGGUCGAGCAUAUUCUAGAACUUUACAACAAGCUACAGUAACAUUGCUUCCAAAGCGUGUCUGUGAAGAGCGCUACAGGAGCCAGUUUACGGGAAGGAUGCUCUGUGCCGGAAGUCUUAAAGAACAGAAGCAUGUGGACAGUUGUCAAGGUGACAGUGGAGGUCCUCUGGUAUGUGAACGUUCAGGGGGAAGCUGGAUAGUUUAUGGGGUGACCUCUUGGGGAUAUGGGUGUGGUGUCAAAGAUUCUCCUGGAGUUUAUACAAAAGUGUCUGCUUUUAUACCAUGGAUUAAAAGUGUGACCAAUUUAUAAACAAAGAAAGGACUGGACAAAAUUCAUUGAAGACAAAGCCACAGUUGUGUGUGUAUAUAUAUAUAUAUAUAUAUAUAUAUUUGUUACAACAUCAGAAAAUUGGCUGUCACCAUACUUCAUCUUAUUGGGAUGCCAUAAGUAAAUUCUUACUUCACAUGCUGUUUAAAGUUUACAUGGAACCUGGGCACUUUGAAGAAGCCAGUGCAAUGGGACUGCAUUGUUUAUCUGAAUAUGUGGACAGCUUGCAUUGAUAUUUUGUUGGUUAUUAUAUGGAUACAUGUGUUUGUGGAAAAUAAAGCCAAAGAUGCUGAACUGAAAUGUUGGAAACCAAAAGUAUCUUCAGAUAGGCCAAUGUUUGCUCAGGGAUCUAGACAGAGACUGUGUAUGCUGUUCACUUGCAUGUUCAUGUGUUUAUGUGAUUAAAGCUAACUUGUUUUUUU